AUGUGUCCAAAUGCGGCGCUCACGGGAUUUCGGCUUGUCGUUAAAAAACAGUGGCCCAGACAAAUAGUCUCCUCUGCAGGACUGUGUCGAUUUGGAAGUAGAAUUGACUGCUGCUGGGGCUGGGCCCGAUUGUCCUGGGGACAAUGCCAACCUUUCUACGUCUUAAGGCAGAGAAUAGCCAGCCUAAGGUGCCAGCCCAAAGCUAUAUGUCAGCCAGGAUGCAAACACGGUGAAUGCAUUGGGCCAAACAAGUGUAAGUGCCACCCGGGAUACACUGGAAAAACCUGCAACCAAGAUCUAAAUGAGUGUGGACUAAAGCCACGGCCGUGCAAACACCGGUGUAUGAAUACCUACGGCAGCUACAAGUGCUACUGUCUGAACGGCUACAUGCUUAUGCCAGAUGGAACGUGCUCAAAUGCCCUUUCUUGCUCAAUGGCAAACUGUCAGUAUGGCUGUGAUGUACUGAAAGGGGAAGUACGCUGCCGCUGUCCUUCUCCAGGACUGCAGCUGGGGCCUGAUGGAAGGACUUGCAUAGAUAUUGAUGAAUGUGCUACUGGGAGAGUUAUCUGUCCACGAUUUAGGCACUGUGUCAAUACUUUUGGAAGCUACAUUUGCAGGUGUCAUAAAGGCUUUGAUCUAAUGUACAUUGGAGGCAAAUACCAAUGCCAUGAUAUAGAUGAAUGUUCCCUUGGCCACCAUCAGUGUGGCAGUUUUUCACGAUGUUACAAUACACCAGGAUCCUACAAAUGCAAGUGUAAAGAAGGGUACAGAGACAAUGGAACAAACUGCAUACUUAUUCCCAAUGUUAUGAUUGAACCACCUGGUCCAUAUCAUAUAUUCAAGGGCAACAGCACGCUUCCUAAGGGAGGCAAUGGUAUAACCAAUAGGUUUCCUGGUGUUGGAGACACAAGGCAACCCCUCAGACCACCAUAUGUACCUGCUAUUGUUACAGAAAGGCCGGUGACCAGGCCAACGACUCGUCCUACACCCAGGCCAACAACUCAACUGACAGCAAAGCCAACCACUAGGUAUGUGCCGGUGACAACAAGGCCAGUGACGAGGCCUCCACCUCCACCACCACCUCAACCUACAACGUUAAGACCUACACUACCGCCACAAAGAACUCCUCUGAUAACAACUGAAGAGCCUUCACAUGUUCCCAUUGAAACUACAUCUUCCCAAGGAAUUCGAGAUGACAACAGGAUCCAGAUAGACCCUCAGAAACCCCGCGGAGAUGUGUUCAUUCCACGCCAGCCUGGAGUGAGCAAUAAUCUGUUUGAAAUACUUGAAAUUGAAAGAGGGAUUACCGCUGAUGAAUUUGAAGCAAACGAUGACCCAGGUGUGCUGGUACACAGCUGUAAUUUUGAUAGUGGACUGUGCGGAUGGAUCAAGGACAGAGAUGAUGACUUGCACUGGGAACCAGUGAGGGAUGCGUCAGGGGGACAGUAUCUUACCAUCUCUGACCCCAAAGGCAAAGAAGGAAGAGUAGCACAUCUUAUCCUGCCAUUGGGUCACAUGGCUCAGGCUGGUGACUUGUGCCUGUCGUUUAGGCAUAAGGUGCCCGGACUGCAUUCUGGUGCCCUCCAAGUCUUUGUGAGGAAAAACGGCGCUCACGGACCAGCCGUUUGGGGAAGAAAUGGUGGCCAUGGCUGGAGACGGACACACAUAACUUUACGAGGACUAGGCAUCAAGAGUGUUAUUUUCAAAGGCGAGAAAGGGAAAGGACAAACAGGGGAUAUUGGACUAGAUGACGUGAUCUUGAGGAGAGGACGCUGCUCUGAAGAGCAUUAG